CACGCCCACAUUUUUACUCCUGCCUGGAAAGUGUAUUGUGACGACGGUCGUGACAGAGCGGAAAAUACGAUCUGACGAUGGAGCCUCAGGUUGAAUCCAAUGUGCAUCCUGAAACCCUAAAUCAGAAGGAACCUGAGAUCGUCGGAAACAUCGCUUUCGGAGUGACUUCCCUUUUGGUAAACUAUGGCUGGCACUUCAUCUUACUAGGAGCUGUUGCUCUGUUUGCGUGGCAUACAUGGCUAAAGCAUAAAUAUGAGACCUGGAGGAUAGAAAAGGAGGAAAGGGAAUAUGAUGCCAGAUACCAUAAGAACCCGGACAUUGGAAAAUCCAGGCAAGAGGCCAUUGAGGCUGCACGCAAAAAGCAGCAGGAGGAACUUACCAGGGCCUCCUCGUUGCAGGUGGAAAUAGACAAGGAGAUAGAAGAGCAAAAAAGAGUAGAGAAGGCUGCGGAACGGCAGCGCCUUAAUGCAGAACAGCCAGGUCGCAGACUGGGAAACAGUUUGGACAGCGACAAUGCAGAGGCCUUGGCCAAUGCAAAAAUUAUGAAGAAGGGUCGUGCUUUCAAAGAGGACUACAACCCGCUUGAUGGAGGUGGCAGCUCGAGAGGCUACCGACCACCUACAAAAGGGUGUCCGGGAGGAGGUUGUGGAAGGAAGUGAAAUAUUGCAAUUUGGCUUGGCUGUUGACUUGUUUAUUGAUAAUUAAUAAAUCCUAGUGGUAAACUUUUUGUUAAGAA